AUGACUAGAUUUGCUGGUGUUACUGAACUUCCACCUGAUCCACUUUUUGGAUUAAAGGCACGUUAUGUUGCUGAUCCACGUACAUCCAAGGUUGACUUGGGUAUUGGUGCUUAUAGAGAUAACAAUGGUAAACCUUGGAUAUUACCAGCUGUUAGAAAAGCAGAAGAAAAAUUAAUAAAUUCACCUGAUUAUAAUCAUGAAUAUUUGGGUAUUAGUGGAUUUGAACCAUUUUUUAAAUCGGCUGCAAAUGUUAUAUUAGGUAAAGAUUCAGUUGCUAUUGCUGAAAAUAGAGUUAUUUCUAUGCAAUCACUUUCAGGUACUGGUGCUUUACAUGUUGCUGGUAAAUUUAUUAAAGAAUUUUAUCAAGGUGAACAUAUUAUUUAUGUUUCUCAACCAACUUGGGCAAAUCAUAAACAAAUUUUUGAAACUUUAGAUUUUGAAGUUAAGAGUUAUCCAUAUUGGAAUGAUCAUAAUAAAUCUUUAGAUUUAGAAGGUUAUUUAAGAACUAUUCAAUCUGCUCCAAAAGGUUGUGUAUUUUUAUUACAUGCAUGUGCUCAUAACCCAACCGGUUUAGAUCCAACUAGAGAUCAAUGGAAACAAAUCUUAGCAGAGUUGGAAAAGGGUCAACAUCUUGUAUUAUUUGAUUCCGCUUAUCAAGGAUUUGCUAGUGGUGAUUUAGAUAAUGAUGCUUGGGCAAUUAGAUAUGCCAUUGAUGAAAAGAUAAUUUCUUCUCCAAUUAUGAUUUGUCAAUCUUUUGCUAAGAAUUGUGGUAUGUAUGGUGAACGUGUCGGUGCUGUCCAUGUUAUUCCACAAUUGGAAACUAAUGAAUCCUUGAAUAAAGCCGUAAGAUCUCAAUUGAAUAAGAUUACUCGUUCAGAAAUUUCAAAUCCUCCAGCUUAUGGUGCUAAGAUUGUUGCUACAAUUCUUAAUGAUCCUGAAUUAUAUGAUCAAUGGAGACAAGAUUUAGUCACAAUGUCAAGUCGUAUUCAUAAAAUGAGAAAUGCAUUACGUUCUAAAUUAGAAGAAUUAGGUACUCCAGGUACUUGGGAUCAUAUCACUAGUCAAACUGGUAUGUUUUCUUUCACUGGUUUAUCCAAAGAAAUGGUUGCAAGAUUAGAAACGAAUCACGGUAUUUAUUUGGUAAGUAGUGGUAGAGCUUCAGUUGCUGGAUUGAAUGAAAAUAAUGUGGAUAGAGUCGCAAAAGCUAUUGAUGAAGUUGUUAGAUUCCAUUCAAAGAGUAAGUUGUAG